AGAGAUUCCUGCCGCCAUCUCACUUUGAGCAACUCUCGAGCCACUGCUGGUAGUAUCUGAGGAAGCGCUCUGGCCGCUCUGAUAGCUACGGUCAUUGUUCACUGCCCGUCGGCGGAUCGGUAAGUUGACGACAUGUAGCAUAGGGUCCGUAUGUGGUUUGAUAAGGAAUUGUGGUGCCUGGAAAGGCCGCGUAAGGCUCGAUAUCACUGAACAACAACGCAUAUCCCUAUCAGUAUAUGCUUGGAGCAGCUUCAUCAGGCCUGCGAAUGUGCGAAGGCCGCUGACACUCCUGGACAUGCCUUUGCGGCUAUUUCGUAUCGCCUUCUUGGCAGGUCUGACAUGGGCAUCGAGAGUGCAGCAGCACGUUUUCGAUGUCGAACAUGACAACCCCUUUCCAAGACUGAACUUCCUGUCAGCGUCACCGCAUAUCUUCCAUUCAACCUUUGGCUUGUUGCAACAAUGGACGAACACCUUCGUGACGAAUGGGCAUACCAUCGCACCUUGCGUCAUCGGCACAAAUACCAACUUGUACCACGCUCGAAUAGGGUCUACCUUGCCGCCCAGCCCAGAGUGGUUUGCUUUCGAUUCUGAAAUGUCGUACUCUAUUGCAGGGACCGGCCUGAACUCGUAUCUGCUCACAUAUAGGACAACCCGACCGGUGAGGUGCAUCUACUUCGACGGGACCAGCGCUUCCCUAAUGAAUGAUGGCUCUAUGGAGUCGCAGAUGCUGCUUCUACACAAUGACAGCUCGAAUGUGCCAGACAGUCCUGCCUUCGGCCCUCCUCCGUCUUCGCCUAGGGAUGGAACUGAUUUCUGCAGGCCUGGCUAUCCAAUCGCCAAUUGUACGCGCUGGAACUUUCUCCAAGCCGAGUAUGAUCGUGCCAGCGGCUUGUGCAAACUGAUACGCGAGCAAGGCCUUGGCGGUCUCGGUUGGGGCUACGAGGGUAUUGUUCGGAUGAAUGCCGGCUUCGAGCUUAUCUGGUGUAACUUUAGCUCACCUUCAGCUAGGCUUGUAUCACAUAUCAACGUCUCUGCGCCGCCGGUGGACGACGAGCAUAAUCCGCAGGCUGCGCAGUCUGAGCCAGGAGGCGUGCAGUCGGGCACUCCUCCUCAGCCAUAUUAUGGAUACGGAGAUCGUGGCCGUUCGGAUGGCCCUCAUGGAAGGUCUCCGUUCCCAUUGGGUCCCUUUCGCGAGUCCAGCACCUACGAGUGGUUUCGCUCCGCUACAAAGCGGUAUGGGUUUGUAGGUGGCGCGCCGGGCCGUGGCGAAGCCAGAGUACGCAUCAAUAGUGGUAGUCUGUUCAGCUUCUACGAUCCAGCGCUUGUCGACCAGGAAUCUGCAAGGCAGGCGUUGGAGCAGAAGCACUACAACAUCACAGCACAUGGAUAUUGGCGCGGUCCAGCAUCGACAGAUGACCGCCGAGCUGCGUUGAGAGAACUAACCCGACGUCGUCGUUACCAGAGGAUCCGCAACAUUACGAAGUCUGACGGCGUGUUCAUGCGUUCGACAGUUCUUCAGCGGUUGCGCCAGAGCCUGGAGACGGAGAGGCCUUAUAGUAGCGGCAUUGACUGGGUGCUCGCAGUAGAGGAGGUGGUGGCAAGAUAUGGCAUUGCUCUCCACGACAUCUCUGCUGCACUUUCCACGACAGUCUCCGAGUCUGAUCGCACCAAGCUGCGAGCAACGAUGAGGCGUCUACGCGAGUCGAUCCAUGGGACAUGGAUUGCCUACUAUGAAUAUCCAGUACUCGACCGAGGUAACCUGCGGCGAACGUUUAGCCUUAACGCACCGGUGUCUCAGGCGGCACUCGAACGUUGCCGGAACCAGGUUGAAUCUUUCAGCACAUCAGAUCUGUCCGACAGCGAGCAUGUGACAUACCGAGCCAUCUUAGCCGUUCUUGCAGCUAUCUGCGGCACACUACUUCCCGUCUUUCUCAGUACGGAGACGCUCUGGUUUACGUACUUCAACAAUGCGACAGUAUCACCGCACGUGACUCUAACUGCUGAGUCGAAGACAGAGUUGCAGAGUAUUACGCAGCAUAACCUCGAUGCUGUAGAGGAGCUCAUGGCAUGGCUGGGGUGGAUGGAUCAAUGGACAGCCUGUUCUCCGGGCUGCGGUUGGGGACAGACUUGUUAUAUCCCUACAUGGCCAGCUAUCGGAAUCAUGGGUCGUCCGGGACCAGGAAGCAACGGGACAGGACGUGGCUAUCCACGGCGAGGAAUUGGCAUGGACGCUUUGGAGAAGUACCUCUGGCAACCGCGUUGUAUAGAUUCGGCGCACUUUCCGCCGCAGGACUAGAGCCUAGCACUCCCCGUUUACCCUAGUGUGGAGCGCAGCAGGUGUUGCACGUUCAACAUACGUUCUUAGGGACGAGCAGCUCCUGAUGGCGUUUAUUUGCCGAACGAUCGUGCACCUCGGUCCCGAACUCGCUGCCGCUGUGGUACAGUGCAAGUUCGCUUCGCCAGAAUGAAUUGAUGAUAUCGCAGUAUCACUUACUUCCGAAG